GAAGUUUUUAAUACACAACUUCCCUCUAGAAAAGGACUUGUACUCUCUCCUCUUUCUUUCGCUGUUCUUCUUCUCUCUCUCCCUCUUCCCUCGUGAACCAAGUUAACCCCACUAUCACUCUCUCUACUCUCUCCCUUUUCCCAUGGAUGUUCCCCUUAUUUUUCACUGUUAGCUUGGAUUUAGGUUCAUAAAGGUAUGUACAACUUGUUUGAGCUGAUUUGGGUUUGAUUUUGUUAGUUUUUUUUAAAAAAAAAGUUAAUUGGUUGUUUAAGUUCAGAAGAAGUGUAGGAAAAUUGGGAAGUUCUGAAUAUUGAGUAAAUUAAAUUGUGGAGGGAAGUGGGCAUGGUGGGUAAAGAAGAUGAAACUAGUUCAUGGGGCCAGUAUCAAGUUUGCAACAAUGCCCAGAAAAAGUUUUGGAGGUCGGCUUCAUGGUCGGCAUCUAGAACCGCUGCCCAUAACCCUGAUAGUGAUGAUAUUGAUAGUGUAGAUCCGAAUGGGAACUCUGGGAUUAAUGGUAUCCAAGCACGGAGGUUUCCUGCUCCAUUAACUCCUCGUUCCCAACAGAAUUGUAAAGCUAGAUCAUGUUUGCCCCCACUACAGCCCCUCUCUAUUGCUCGAAGGAGCUUGGAUGAAUGGCCAAAGGCUGGCUCAGAUGAUAUAGGAGAGUGGCCUGGACCACCCACACCCAGUGGUAGGGAUGUGAACAAGGGUGCGGAAAGGUUGAAGCUUGAUAUGUCUGCUAUUCAGACAAAUUCAGAGAGGAAUGGAGGGUUUGUUAAGAAAGAUAAGAUUGCAUUCUUUGACAAAGAAUGUUCUAAGGUGGCGGAACACAUUUAUCUUGGAGGUGACGCUGUUGCUAGGGAUAGGAAUAUACUGAAAAAGAAUGGGAUUACCCAUGUGCUCAAUUGUGUGGGUUUUGUUUGCCCUGAGUAUUUCAAAGCUGACUUUGUUUAUAGAACGUUGUGGCUUCAGGAUAGUCCUUCAGAGGAUAUUACUAGCAUACUUUAUGAUGUAUUUGACUAUUUUGAAGAUGUUAGGGAGCAGAAAGGAAAGGUUUUUGUUCAUUGUUGUCAAGGUGUAUCUCGGUCUACAUCACUAGUAAUUGCAUAUCUUAUGUGGAGGGAGGGGCAGAGCUUCGAUGAUGCAUUUCAGUAUGUGAAAGAAGCUAGGGGUAUUGCUGAUCCAAACAUGGGUUUUGCUUGCCAACUGCUGCAAUGCCAAAAGAGAGUUCAUGCCGUUCCUCUCAGUCCAAGUUCAUUAUUAAGAGUAUACAGGAUUUCACCUCAUUCUCCAUAUGACCCUUUACAUCUUGUCCCGAAAAUGUUAAAUGAUUUGUCUCCUUCAUCCCUUGAUUCCAGAGGCGCAUUUAUUGUACAGGUGUCUUCUGCAAUUUAUGUUUGGCUGGGAAAGAAUUGUGAAGUUAUAAUGGAGAGGGAGGCGAGAGGUGCUGUGACUCAGAUUGUGCGGUAUGAAAAGGUACAAGUACCUGUCCUUGUAAUUAAGGAAGGUGAAGAGCCAACCCUUUUUUGGAAUAUCUUUUCUGAUUUCGUGAUGGACAAAUGUGCUAGUGGUGUAAACUAUGGGGACGCUAAAAUUCAGCCUGGUGAGAGGAAAGUUGACUCUUAUAAUGUGGAUUUUGAGAUCUUUCAGAAGGCAAUCAAAGGGGGUUUUGUCCCAGCUGUUGCAUCAUCAGAGAUCGAACAUGAAACACAUCUGCCUGCACGGGAGAAUAGUUGGAGUGUGUUGAGAUGCAAGUUUGCCUCCGGUCAUAUGAAGGAGUUUGUCUUAGCUCCUAAAUUGGUUCUAAAUAGACUUCACUCUGAUUCUAAGCAUAGUCAUGGAGAAAGUAUUAUUUCGAAUAACUCACGUAUAUCUGAUGUUACAUCGGUGCCCUCAACGUCCUCAUCACCUUCUUCUCUGUCAUCACCUUAUCUUUCUCCAGAUUCCUUCACUUCUGAUUCAAGUAAUAACUCGAAGUAUUCCUCGGAGUCUCCUAUAGAGUCACCCUUGUCACUACCCUCAGCUUUUUCUAACAUGUCUCUUCUCUCGUCUAAAACUUCUACAAAUAUAUCUAACCAUCCAGGCUACAUUGAGGUUAACUUUGGUUCAAAUCCUCUAAGAUCCACUAACUUACCUUCCAGAAGGUCACCUCUGUCACUUGCAGAGCGUAGGGGUAGCUUAUCCAGGUGCCUGACUUUGCCAAAUGUGGCUGGCGACGGAAGGAUGCAAGGAUCUCCGCAAGAGUUCUUUGCCGGCAAACAAGAUGAUCACGUAAAUGAUAAUACCUGCAUAUCGUUUGAGCUGGAUAGGGGAGGAAUGAUUGCAGCUUGCAAGAAUGCUUCUCUUGAAAAGGAUCUUGAUUCUGAUAAGCUAGAGAGCAAAAGUAGUCCUUGUGAAAAGGAAUUUUCUAUACCAAGAGGGAAAUCUACCUCGAGUAUAAAUGCGGGAGUUGUGGCUGUAGUUUCCACUAAGUGUGAUCUCGAGCGACCUUUGGUUUACCGCUUACCGGAUCUGGAGAAGGUAUCGGUUUCAGGAGCAUGUAAGCUUGAUUCUGGUUCAGCAUUCAUCGUCGUGGAUCCAGCGAGAGUUGCAUCCCCCAUCAAAGAUUCAAAUAUCUAUCUUUGGGUUGGCAAUUCUUUCAAAUUUGGUCAAAAUCAAUUACAUGCAUAUAGGAAGGUAGGUGAUGUAGAUUUAGCUGACUUGGAGCAAGCUGGUUCUGAUGUUCUAUCUCGCAUGGGUCUUCCUGAAAGCACCAACAUUAAGAUUAUCAGAGAAGGAGAAGAACCAACAGAAUUCCUUGAAGGAUUGAGUACAUUGUAGCAGUACGCUAAUUAGGAAAGAUUCUUCUGAUCCGUUUUAUCUUUGUUAGGCAGAUUUUUAUUUGGAGAAAUACUGCCUCACAAAGCUUUCGAGGCUGCAGUGAUGUUUACAGGGUCUGCUAACCUGGAUGUACAGACUACAGUCAUUCAACGCCCUCAAAACUGUUAUAAAGAAUUUCUGCAGAUACUGAUGUAGUAGUUUUAGUACUAGUAGUAGAAGCACCUUGUAUAUUCAGAAUUACUACUUUAGGAAGGUCAUUCUAGACCUGCUAAAUGCAAUAGUUAUUUAUUUA